AGGGCAGUUUCUGGGACCAGGCUGACUGAAAGGAGGAGGACGGCACAUUCUAGAAUCUCCUGCAUUGACUAUGCACCAUGGACAAAGGCAGACGUGCCCUGCCAUGUCUUUUUCUAAUUCUUCUUGCCUUCCUGUGUGCAGCUGCUUCAGUUUACAGAGUACCGCAGUAUAUGAUGCUGUUCCCCUACCCACUUCACACUGAGACUCCUGAGAAAAGCUGCCUCUCUCUGAGCCACCUGAAUGAGACUGUGACUGUAAGUGCUUCCAUAGUGUCCCAUAGUGGAACAAGAAGACUGUUUGAUGACCUCGUGGCUGACAAGGACUUAUUCCACUGUGUUUCCUUCACGCUCCCAAGAUCCUCAUUUCAUGGGGACACAGGAGAACUUUUGCUCAAGAUAAGAGGACUAACACAUGAGCUUCGUAAGAGUUCCACAGUGUGGGUGAAGAACACAGAAAGCAUCGUUUUUGUCCAGACAGACAAACCAAUCUACAAGCCAAGCCAGUCAGUUGAGUUUCGAGUUGUCUCUGUGAAUAAAGAUUUGCGACCACUGCAUGAACUGUUUCCAUUGGUUUUCAUUGAGGAUCCCAGAAGGAAUCGAAUUAUGCAAUGGCAGAAUGUCAAAUCAGAGAAUGGUCUUAAGCAAUUGUCCUUCAGCCUGUCAUCAGAGCCCAUUCUAGGUUCCUACAAGAUAGUGAUACUAAUACAAUCUGGAAUGAGAACAGAGCACUCCUUCACCGUGGAUGAAUUUGUGCUUCCCAAAUUUGAGGUGCAAGUAAAGGUGCCAAAGGUAAUCGCCAUACUGGAGGAAGAAGUGGAUGUGUCUGUGUGUGGAAUAUAUACCUAUGGGAAGCCUGUCCCAGGACAUGUAACAAUAAGUAUAUGCCCACACGGUCCUCACUUCCUAAACAGGGAUCAAAGCACAAUAAAUCUUCCCUGUAAGGAAGUCAGCCAGCAGAUAUCCAGCCAAGGCUGUCUCACACAACAAGUAAACACCAGUAUGUUCCAAUUAAAGGAUUCCAGAUAUUUAAUUAGGAAGCUUCAAGUGAACGCCAAGAUUAAAGAGGAGGGGACAGGACUAGAAUUCACUGGAACUGGGAUAAUUGAAGUCACGAGAAUCAUAACCAAAGUCACAUUUGUGAAAGUGAAUAAAUACUUUAGACAAGGUAUUCCAGUCUUUGGACAGGUAUGCCUAGAGGAUGGAAAAGGAGUCCCUAUCCCAAAUGAAACCAUUUUCAUCCAAGCUUAUAGUGCAAACUUCUUCCUUAAAGCUACCACUGAUGAGCAUGGUCUGGCACAAUUCUCUGUCAACACCAUCCACACUACUAGCAAGAUCCUCUCCAUCACAGCCUACUACAAGGAGCAGGAACCUUGUUGGUCCUUCCAUUGUGUGAAAGAAGUGCACAAAGAUGCAUAUCAUAUAGCUAAUCGUGUCUUCUCCUUAAACAAGAGCUAUGUCCAACUUGAGCCUGCAGCUGGUACCCUGCCCUGUGGCCAAACACAUACAGUUAAGGCACAUUAUAUCCUGAAUGCCCAGGUCCUGGGGGAGCUGAAGGAGCUCAUCUUCUAUUACCUGAUCAUGGCCAAGGGCAGCAUCAUCCAAAGUGGAACCCAUGUUCUCUCCAUGGAGCCAGGAGCAUUGAAAGGCCAUUUUCUUCUGUCAGUCCCUGUGGAGACAGACUUGGCUCCCUUGGCAGAGUUGCUCAUCUAUGCCGUUCUUCCUGAUGGGGAAAUGAUUGGGGAUUCUGCAAAACUGGAGAUUGAAUGUCGUCUUCACAACAAGGUGGAUCUGGGCUUCAGCCCAGCACAAGGUCUCCCGGCCUCACAAACCCACCUGCGAGUCGAGGCUUCUCCGCAAUCCCUCUGUGCCCUCCGCGCCGUGGACAAAAGCGUGCUGCUCAUGAAGCCCGAGGCCGAGCUCUCCGCAUCCAAGGUAUAUAAUUUGGCACAUCUGAAAGGUAUCGUCAGGACAAAAGAUGAAGAAGAAAACUGUAUCAAACAUGUCUCCUCUGACUCAUUCCCAUACCCAGUUGUAGACAGAGAUGAAAAAGAUGUCUACAGACUUGUAAAGGUAAAACCCAUUAUGAUUCUGGCGACUGAUACAAUACAGAAUGAGAGGAUGACGCCAUUAACACUCCCUAAGACUGCGCGAAGCUAUUUUCCUGAAACCUGGAUCUGGGAAUUGGUAGUGGUAAACUCAUCAGGAAUGGCUGAAGUAGAAGCUACAGUUCCUGAUACCAUCACUGAGUGGAAAGCAGAGGCCCUGUGCCUGUCCAAUGACACUGGGCUUGGUCUGUCUCCCAUUGCUUCUCUCCGAGCCUUCAAGCCCUUCUUUGUGGAGCUCACAUUACCGUACUCUGUGAUCCGUGGAGAAGCCUUCACACUCAAGGCCACUGUAUUAAACUAUCUCCCCAAAUGCAUACGGGUGAGUGUGCAACUGAAAGCUUCUCCUGACUUCGCGGCUAUCCCAGUGCAGAAAGAACAAGAUUCUUACUGCCUCUGUGCAAAUGAGAGGGAAACCCUGUCCUGGUUGGUAACUCCUACAUCUCUAGGGAAUGUGAAUUUCUCCGUGAGUGCAGAAGCAAUACAGUCCCCAGACCUCUGUGGUAAUGAGAUGGCUACAGUUCCUGAAACUGGGAAGUCAGACACAGUUGUCAAACUCCUGUUAGUUGAGCCUGAAGGAAUCAAGAUGGAACAUACUUUCAACUCCUUACUCUGGGUAUCAGAUGCUGGGGUAUCAGAAAAAUUGGCCCUGAAGCUUCCACCAGGAGUAGUGAAAGAAUCAGCCAGAGCCUCUGUCUCUGUUUUGGGUGACAUAUUAGGCUCUCCUAUAAAAAACACACACAAUCUCCUCCAGAUGCCCUAUGGCUGUGGUGAACAGAACAUUGCCCUUUUUGCUCCUAAUAUCUAUGUACUGAAAUAUCUGAAUGAAACCCAGCAACUGACUCCAGAGCUCAAGUCCAAGGCCAUAAACUUUCUCAAUGCUGGUUAUCAGAAACAGCUGAACUACAAACACAAAGAUGGCUCCUACAGCACCUUUGGAGACAAAAAUGGCAGAGAUCAAGGCAACACUUGGCUCACAGCCUUUGUGCUCAAGAGUUUUGCCCAAGCACAACCCUUUGCCUUCAUUGACAAAGCACACAUUACCCAAGCCCUCACUUGGCUUUCUCAGAAGCAAAAGGACAAUGGCUGUUUCAGGAGUUCUGGGAAUCUCUUCAACAAUGCCAUGAAGGGUGGAGUAGAUGAUGAAGUGACCCUCUCUGCCUAUAUCACCACUGCCCUUCUGGAAAUUCCUCUCCCAGUCACUGACCCUGUGGUUCGCAAUGCCCUGUUUUGCCUAGAGUCAGCCUGGAACACAGCACAGGAAAAGACCAAUGGCAGCCACGUCUACACCAAGGCACUGUUGGCCUAUGCUUUUGCCCUGGCAGGUAACCAGGGCCGAAGGAAUGAAGUACUCAAGUCACUUGAUGAGGAAGCUAUAAAAGAAGAUGAUUCAAUUCACUGGGAGCGACCUCAGAAACCCAAGUCACCAGAGGGCCAUUUCUUCCACCCCCAGGCUCCCUCUGCUGAGGUGGAGAUGAUGUCCUAUGUGCUCCUUGCUCACCUCACUGCCUGGCCUGCCCCAGCCUCAGAGGACCUGACUACUGCAAAGCUCAUUGUGAAGUGGAUCACAAAGCAGCAGAACGCCCACGGCGGCUUCUCCUCCACCCAGGACACGGUGGUGGCUCUCCAUGCUUUGUCCAGAUAUGGAGCAGCUACUUUUGCCAGAACCGAGACAGUGAAAGUGGCCAUCCAGUCUUUGGGGACAUUUUUGACAAACUUCCAAGUAGAAAACAGUAAUCGCCUGUUAUUACAGCAGGUCUCAUUGCCAGACCUUCCUGGAGAGUAUGACAUAACAGUGUCAGGAGAAGGAUGUGUGUAUAUUCAGACAGCUCUGAAAUACAAUGUUUUCUUGGAGAAGAAAGAAUCUGCAUUCGAUCUCCAAGUACAGACAACACCCCCCACCUGUGAUGGACCCAAAGCCCAGACAAGCUUCCAGAUAUCAAUAAAUGUCAGUUACAUAGGAAGCCGUCAAGUCUCCAACAUGGUGAUUGUUGAUAUAAAAAUGAUAUCUGGUUUCAUCCCAUUGAAACCACCAACAGUGAAAAUGCUUAAAAGAUCUAACCAUGUGAGCAGGACAGAAGUGAGCAACAACAAUGUCUUGAUUUAUUUGGAACAGGUUACCAAUCAGAUGUUGAACUUUUCUUUCACUGUUCUGCAAGACAUCCCUGUAAGAAACCUGAAACCUGCACUUGUGAAAGUCUAUGAUUACUAUGAGACAGAUGAAGCAGCUUUUGCUGAAUACAGUGCCCCCUGCAACACAGACACAGAGCAAUCAAAUGUUUGAGACUCAUUUCUCUUAACAAGGUUUUCCUGAAAUCUCCAGACCAACCCUUAAAAGGAUUGUCUAGUCUCUGCAGUAUAGAUAGUGAACAAGCUUGUUAAAUAAAUAUGCAUGUCUAAGGAAUCUCUA